CGACACUCAUUCCAUUACGCGACAUUCCGACCAUGAAGCCGUAGCGAGCAUCUGCAAGACUAUGCGCAACGACCGUUCUCCGGAUCUUCAUCCGGGCUUGCUGUAACGGCGCAGCCUGUUCUCACCCACCACGAAGGGGGAGUACGACUUCUACACCGGCAUUCCAAAAGGGCCAUUGAGGUUUUGAUACCAAACCAGCAUCCUGAACGACCAAUAUGCCAACACAUCCCAAGAUGCCACGUCACAGGCCGAGAUUCUCGUUCGUCGACAUUCAGACCAUGCUGGAAAAUGUUUCCUUCAUCCACCUGCACUAUUUCUAUUUCUGUGCCACUUGCAUGUUGGCGAGCAUCGUAUUCUGGGGUUCUUCUACACCAGCAAAAUCCGUUCGUUACAUUGACAGCCUAUAUCUCUGCAUUUCUGCCAUGACUGAAGCUGGGCUUAAUACUGUCAACCUAUCAACGCUAAACACGUGGCAGCAGGUCAUUCUGUUUCUGCUCAUUAUUAUGGGCUCGGCUAUCUUUGUGUCCAUUGCCAUAUUGCACGUCAGAAAGCGUGCUUUCGAGAAGAAGUUCGCCGAGCUUAUUGAAAAACGCCGAAGACGUUUACGACGCCCACGCUCGCUGACUUUCUCAUGGUCGAAGCGAAACAAGGGUGCAGCGGAUGAUCAUGAAGCUGCAGUCGCCUCAGGUGCCGUCCGUGGCCGUGCAAUACAGGACCCACCGCAGGAUGUGCAUAUUGCGGAUGAGGCUUCCAUGAAUCCGCCCGAACGGAUCAAGUCAAGGUCGGACGACACAGAAGACGAAGCCCCGGUGGCGUCAGAUAUGACUGAAGUCGGUGACGGCGAUCAAAACAGCCACAUUCGUUUUCCAGAUCAACUGCCGGCUGUCGACCACGGACAUAAUCAAGUGCGAUCUCGUAAUCUAAGUCGUCGCCGCACAAGUUUCUUCGAGGGACGUGGUGUUGGAGCGCGCGCAUUGGACAAUCAUCCUCGUAACACGAGACCGAACGAUUCGCCUUGGUUAAACGAGUCCGCAGUCGAGGACGAAGUCAAGCCGUCAGGCAAUGGUAUAUCCAAACUGGACAAGUAUCUCGACACCGUCAACGGCUAUCUUGGGCGAAACAGUCAAUUUCAUGGUCUCAGUGAAAAAGAACGAAAGAAACUUGGUGGUAUUGAAUACGACGCCAUCUGCUUACUAUCCUGGGUCGUGCCUCUCUAUUUCAUUCUCUUUCAGCUCUUCGGAGCUUUGGGAGUUGGUGCUUGGAUGCAGGUCAAUCGACCUGGGAUGGCGCGAAGAAAUGGUGAGAACCCGUUUUGGACUGGAGCCUUCUUUGCCAUAUCAGCUUUCAAUAACUCUGGGAUGGCAUUACUGGACGCCAAUGCGACUGCACUUCAAACGAGUUACUAUUCUCUCUUGACUCUUAGUCUGCUCAUCUUGGCUGGAAACACUUGCUUCCCCCCGUUCCUGAGGCUCAUUCUCUGGACGAUGAAGAAGUUUAUUCCAAAGGACUCCCCUUCGCUCGCAUGGCGAACACGCCAACAGACCUUGGAAUUCUGUCUUGACCACCCUCGGCGAGUUUACACCAACUUAUUCCCAAGCGCACAAAAUUGGUGGUUGGUCUUCUCUCUGGUCAUGCUGAAUGGCAUUGACUGGGUUGCAUUCGAACUGCUGAAUAUCGGAAACCCAACGACGGAUGCGAUCGCACCCCAUUACAGGGCCUUGGACGGCCUAUUCCAAGCCUUUGCAGUGAGGAGUGGAGGCUUCUACGUCGUGAACAUAGCCGGACUUCGCUCGGGUCUUCUUGUCCUAUAUGUGAUCAUGAUGUAUAUUUCGGCUUUUCCAAUUGCAUUGACAAUCCGAAACACCAACGUCUACGAAGAACGCUCGUUGGGUAUCUAUGCCGAGGAUAUCGCAGAGCAAGAGAAGGAAAAAGAAGAAGUUGCAGAGAAGAGCCAAAACGGCGGAGAUGCGAAUGGGCAGCCUGGGCGCAAGUUCCUCUCGGGCCUCGGACGGACUCUGACGAUGACCCAUGGACAAGCGAAAGCUCCCAAAAACUCUUCCUGGACUCGUCAGGAUUUCCUCCGGCAGCAACUCCGUGGUCAGCUCGGCCAUGAUCUCUGGUGGCUUGUCCUGGCCAUUUUCAUGAUUACCGCCAUUGAGACAGGACAGUUUGAACGGGAUCCUGUGGUCUUCUCGACCUUCAAUAUCAUCUUUGAGGUGGUUUCUGCUUAUGGCUGUGUUGGAAUAUCUACCGGCGUGCCGUGGAAUGCGUACUCAUUUUCUGGAGCGUGGCAUACGGCCAGCAAGCUGGUGUUGUGUGCGGUGAUGCUUCGUGGCAGGCAUCGAGGACUCCCUGUGAGCAUCGAUCGAGCCAUCUUACUGCCGGACGAGACCCUAGCUUGGGCGGAGGAAGAGGACGCAACAAAGCGUAGAGGAAGUUUUGGCAAUGCGACGACGGCACCGAGAACAAGCAGAGAAGGGCUACGACGGCCUAGGACUGCGGACUCUGGUACUCCUGGACCCAGUUUCGCUAAUAGCGGUCCCGGACACAUGGUCUAGCCGGGUUUGACCUGCAUUCAUCGUGCCUCGCAAGCAUCAGUCAUCGAGUUCAGUCUUACGCAGGAUUGCUUUGUCACAUACUAGUAACCUUUUGGAGCGA